ACUGACAUUUGACAUUCACUAGACCGAUUUGACGUUUGUCUCUGUUACUUUUUUUUGUGUUGUCAGAUGUAUAUAAACUAAGUAAUAAUAAAAAUGGAAUACUUCAGUUUGCGACACCUUUUUCUAUUGUUAGCAAUUCAUAACAAUUGCGUAUUCAGCCAAGUAAGUUCGGAAGACGAAAGUGAAACUGGUCGCUACGUUAUAGAAGGUCGAAUUUUUCCCUUGUCAGACUAUCAGACAAGUCAGGCGAACUGGCAAGCCAACACUCGAAUUCUUGUCAACGGUGGCGAGUACAUCGGUUUCGUAAAAAAAGACGGAUCACUGAUAGUCCACAAUGUCCCAUCUGGCUCAUACAUUGUCGAAGUGCUCAAUCCGGAAUAUACAUUUGAACCGGUCCGAGUUGAAAUCAACUCAAAAGGGAAAUACCGAGCCCGCAAAGUUAACCAUAUUCAAACGUCCCUGGUCAUUCAGGUGCCUUAUCCAUUAAGGAUGAAAGCUUUAGCCAAAACUCGAUAUUUUCAAGUACGAGAACAGUGGAGAAUUACAGACUUCAUUUUCAACCCAAUGGUAUUAAUGAUGGUUUUGCCAUUAUUAUUGGUCAUGUUGUUACCAAAACUAAUGAAUGAUCCUGAAACAAAGAAGGAAAUGGAACAGAUUCAAAGUUUGACUAAAUUUGAACUACCGGAAAUGUCUGAUAUGGUGUCUAACUUUUUAGCGGGAGGAUCGUCUCAAAGUGCCAAUGCUCAACAGAAUAAGAAGAAUCAAAAAGCGAAGAAGAGGCAGUAACUUAAAAACUACCUAGUCAUUACUAAUGUUUAGUUUCAAAGUUCCGUGUCGGUGUAUAAAGCUAUGUUAUUCACUGUUGUUCGUUUUUUUUUUAAUUACAAUAAACGUUACAUAAAUUUUACUAAA